CUCAUUCCUCUCCAACUCUUCGUCAGUGUGUCACAGACCGUCUGAGCGCGCAAACACGCACACGGCCGUCCCCCUCUCCCCUCGCGCACGCCUACAAACGCAAGGACACGCGCAGUUACGCACAAACACUUUUUGUCGUCCCCGGGAGGAGAGGAGCGAAAGAGAGGAAGAGUGAGCUCCAACUUGUCUGGUUCUUGCGUCCACCAAUGCGCGGAUUUUAUCCUUCCUCCUGCAGACAGGACCGGGAAGCCGCCAGCUGGACCAGACUGGAGUAUGUAAAGUGAUUCUGUUCGGCGAAGUGCAACAGAACCAGAACAGAAAGAGGAGAAGAGAUGGAUGAACGGAGUUAUUGUCGCGCUUUGCCGACUGCUUUUCUCUGCGUGGUACUUUUGGGAUUUACUGAAGCGCAGUUCUUUCCAGGUGGCUGCACUUUUGAGGAGUCUUACAGCAGCUGUGGCUACAGCGUGUCUUUAGGAACCAACGGAUUUACUUGGGAACAGGUCAACUCCUGGGAAAAACCCACCAUGGACCCUGCCCUUCCCACUGGCUCGUUUAUGGUAGUGAAUGCAUCGGGCCGUGCGUCAGGACAGAAGGCUCACCUGUACAUGCCCACCCUGAAGGAGAACGACACCCACUGCAUCGACUUCCUGUACUCUCUGUCCAGUCGCGACGGGGCAAGCCCAGGAACUUUAAACGUCUACAUCAAGGUGAAUGGAGGCGCUCAAGGUAACCCGGUGUGGAACGCCUCGGAUACCGUCACCGAAGGCUGGGUCAAGGCUGAACUCGCCAUUUCCACAUUCUGGCCCAACUCCUAUCAGGUAAUAUUCGAGGCGGUUUCGGUCCAAGGCCACCCAGGUUUCAUCGCCAUCGAUGACAUACGAGUUCUCGCUCAUCCUUGCCGUAAAGCUCCUCAUUUCCUGCGGCUGCAGAAUGUGGAGGUGAACGUGGGACAAAACGCCACGUUCCAGUGCACUGCUGGAGGGAAAUGGUCUCAGCAUGAUAAACUCUGGCUGCAGCAGUGGAACGGUAAAGACACGGCGCUGAUGGUGACCAGGGUGGUCAACCACCGCCGCUUCUCUGCGACGGUGAGCGUCGGUGACACGUCGCAGCGUAGCACCAGCCGCUACCGCUGCGUCAUCCGAUCUGAUGGCGGAUCCGGAGUUUCCAACUACGCCGACUUGAUUGUUAAAGCCCCGCCCACUCCCAUCGCUCCCCCUGAACUCCUCGCCGUUGGCGCCACCUACCUGUGGAUCAAACCCAAUGCCAACAGCAUCAUCGGAGAUGGGCCGAUCAUCCUGAAGGAGGUGGAGUACCGCACCACUACAGGAAACUGGGCUGAGACCCACGUGGUUGACGCCCCCACCUACAAGUUAUGGCAUCUGGACCCAGAUGUGGAGUAUGAAAUCAAGGUUCUGCUGUCCAGACCGGGUGAAGGGGGCACUGGGCCGCCGGGGCCGCCACUGAUAACCAGGACCAAAUGUGCAGAUCCCGUCCACGGACCCCAGAACGUCAACGUGGUGGACGUCCGCGCCCGCCAGCUGACCAUCCAGUGGGAAACGUUUGGAUACGCCGUAACACGAUGCCACAGCUACAAUCUGACGGUUCAGUACCAGUAUGUGUUCAAUCAGCAAGAGUUUGCAGCUGAGGAGUUGAUCCAGACGUCGUCUCAUUACACGCUGAGGGGACUGAGGCCCUUCGUCACGGUCAGGCUGCGCCUCGUUCUGGCCAACCCCGAGGGCAGCAAAGAGAGCGAGGAGAUCGUCAAACAGACGGAGGAGGACGUGCCCGGGUCAGUGCCGAUGGAGUCGCUGCAGAAUACUCCAUAUGAAGAGAAGAUCUUCAUGCAGUGGAAAGCUCCCAAUGAGACCAACGGGGUCAUCACCCUGUAUGAGAUCACAUACAAGGCCCUGAGCUCUCUGGAUCCCAGUGCUGACCUGACGACCCAGAGGGGACGAGUGUUCAAGCUGAGGAACGAGACCCAUCAUCUGUUUGUCGGCCUUUAUCCUGGAACCACCUACUUCUUCACCCUGAAAGCCUCCACCAACAAGGGCUUCGGUCCGCCCGUCACCACCCGCAUUACCACAAAGAUCGCAGCUCCCAUGAUGCCGGAGUAUGAAUCAGAAACGGCUCUCAAUGAGACGGAGACGACCAUCACCAUCCUGCUGAAGCCUGCCCAGUCCAGAGGAGCACCAAUCAGCUCCUACCAGCUUGUUGUGAAGGAAGAGAGGAAGUCUAAAAGUCGGCGUGCCGCCUCUGAAGCUCCGGAGUGCUUUUCUGCCCCGUUCAGCUUCCGCAACGCCUCCGUCCUCAACUCUGCGUACUACAUGGCUGCUGAUCUUCCACCGUCCAGUCUCACGGUGGUUCAGCCAUUCACAGUGGGAGACAACAAGAGCUACGGCGGCUUCUGGAACCCUCCGCUGUCACCGGCCAAGAGCUACAGCAUCUACUUCCAGGCUAUGAGCAGAGCCAAUGGGGAAACCAAAAUCAACUGCGUCCGUCUGGCUCGCAAAGUGGUAAUAGGUAGGGGACAAAUAACAACGCCGUACAUUCUAGUCAUCCCAAGCGAAGGUGCAUCCACCCAGGAUUCAGACGCCAUGGAGCCGGAGAAGCAGGUGGACAGCACGGUGAAAAUGGCUGGCAUGAUCGCAGGGAGUCUCAUGAUCAUCAUCAUCCUCCUCGGUGUCAUCCUGACCUUCAAGCGCAGAGAGAUUCACACAUGGAGAACUCUGAGCGUGGGGAAGUUGGCCAAAAAGCAGAAGGAAACUGCGAGCAGCUCCACCCAGCAGAGGGAGAUGGGUCCGGUCACCACGGCUGAUAAGAGCACCACUAAAGUGAGCACCUUGCACAAAGACGACCCGUUCUCCACUUCCAGCCCAGACCUCAACGGCUUCACCUCCCCCUCCCCCUGCUCCUUCUCUGUGCAGGGAAGCAAAACGCUGCAGAGCAAAUCCUUGCUGAAUUCCUACUACUCAGUAUCCAAAGAGCCUGUUCCAGCUACAACUUCAAUAGAUGGAAGCCAGCCGUCUCUUGUCCAGCCAUCCCUGACAUUACAGAGUUUUCCUUACGGAGGCUGUGAGUCUGUGGAGCUCUCCUACCAGAGCGGUCAGUUCCAGGCAGGCCAGUUUCAACCAGCUAUUCGAGUUGCAGAUCUGCUGCAGCACAUCACACAGAUGAAAUGUGGACAAGGAUACGGGUUUAAGGAAGAAUAUGAGGCCCUGGCGGAGGGACAGACAGCACCUUGGGAGACAGCCAAGAAGGAUGAGAAUCGCAACAAGAACCGCUAUGGCAACAUCAUCGCAUAUCCCACAGACGAUCACACCAGAGUCCGACUGCAGCUGCUGGAUGGAGACCCCCACUCCGACUACAUCAACGCCAACUAUAUUGAUGGCUAUCACAGACCCAGACAUUACAUCGCAACACAAGGACCCAUGCAGGAAACGGUGAGGGAUUUCUGGAGGAUGGUUUGGCAGGAAAACUCGGCCUCUAUCGUCAUGGUUACAAAUCUGGUGGAGGUGGGAAGGGUGAAAUGUGUUCGUUACUGGCCUGAUGAGACAGAGGUUUAUGGAGACAUCAAGGUGACCCUGAUAGAAACUGAGCCUCUGGCUGAAUACGUCAUCCGGACAUUCACUGUCCAAAAGAAGGGCCACCACGAGAUCCGUGAACUUCGUCAGUUUCACUUCACCAGCUGGCCGGAUCACGGCGUUCCCUGUUACGCCACGGGACUGCUGGGCUUCAUACGGCAGGUCAAGUUCCUCAAUCCACCGGACGCCGGGCCCAUAGCGGUCCACUGCAGCGCUGGUGCAGGGAGGACAGGUUGCUUCAUCGCUGUGGACAUCAUGCUGGACAUGGCAGAGAAUGAAGGAGUGGUGGAUAUUUUCAACUGCAUCCGUGAACUGAGAUCUCAACGGGUCAACAUGGUCCAGACAGAGGAGCAGUAUGUGUUUGUUCACGACGCCAUCUUGGAAGCAUGUCUAUGUGGGAACACAGCGAUUCCAGUGUGCGAGUUCAGAGCCGUUUACUACAAUAUCAGCAGACUGGAUCCACAGACCAACUCCAGCCAGAUUAAAGAUGAGUUCCAGACGCUGAAUAUAGUGACACCUAGAGUUCGUCCAGAAGACUGCAGCGUGGGCUUACUGCCCCGGAACCACGAUAAGAACCGCAGUAUGGACGUUCUGUCUGCUGACCGAUGUCUGCCUUUUCUCAUAUCUGUUGAUGGAGAGAGCUCCAACUACAUCAACGCUGCAUUAAUGGAUAGCCACAAACAGCCAGCAGCCUUCAUUGUUACCCAGCAUCCUUUGCCAAACACCAUGGGGGACUUCUGGAGGCUGGUGUUCGACUACAACUGCUCCUCCAUUGUCAUGCUCAACGAGAUGGAUGCAGCACAGUUAUGUAUGCAGUACUGGCCGGAGAAGAACUCAUGCUGUUACGGCCCGAUUCAAGUGGAGUUCAUAUCAGCGGACAUCGAUGAAGACAUCAUCAACCGAAUCUUCAGGAUCUGCAACAUGGCUCGGCCUCAGGACGGUUACCGCCUGGUGCAGCACUUCCAGUUCAUUGGCUGGCCCGCCUACAGGGACACGCCUCUUUCGAAGCGCUCCAUCCUCCAGUUGGUCAGGAGGUUGGCCAAGUGGCAGGAGCAGUACGACGGAGGAGACGGGAGGACGGUGGUGCACUGCCUCACUGGUGGAGGACGUUCUGGAACGUUUUGUGCCAUCUGCAGCAUCAAUGAGAUGAUCCAGCAGCAGAACAUUGUGGAUGUUUUCCACACAGUCAAGACACUGAGGAACAACAAGACAAACAUGGUGGAGACGAUGGAACAGUACAAGUUCUGCUAUGAAGUGGCUUUAGAGGCUCUGAACUCCUUCUGAUCCGACGCCUCCCGUUUUUCUCAAAGCUACACUGAGACACACGGAGUGAAAAACAGCUUCUUGUUGAGCUGAACUCAACCUGGGAGAGCGUGUGCGCAUCCUUUUGGUGUGCCUGUGACCUGUACAGAGGAUGGGGGGGAAAGCCGCCAACAAACACACUCAUUGUUUUGUGUGUGCAUUUGCUUCAGCAAGACAAUGGACUUUACAUGCUUGUAUAAAGAGAAAUUAUGUUAAAAAAUUGAGAUGUUUAAAAAAAAAAAGCAAUUUUUUUCCCUUUGUUUUCUUUCUCUUUCCUCUCUGCCAGGCUGUGAUGUGACUAAUGUACAGUAUUUCCUUUUUAGAUAUAUUCUACGCCUUGAAUGUUGUCUCCCUCUGAAGGCUUGAAGCACACUGGAAGAUUUUACAGAAUGAAAGUCAGGUUAAAAUAAAAGAAAUCAAUUUUUUUAUAGCACAUUUGCUCUUUGACUAAAACAAACUGUUACUAAUGCAACAAAAUUAGGUUUACCAGGUCAGAAAACAAUAACUGCAGAACAUGGAUCAACAUGUCCUACCUUUGAAGGCCAAAGCAACUCUGAAUUUUUUCUCUUUCUGGGUCAGUACAAUGAUGAAAAGUGAGUCUUCCAGUGUGCAUCCUCUUUUCUGUAAAUAAGAUAAGGCAACCACAGUCAAACAAACAAACACCAGAACAAAAUUAUUUCGUUGCAGCUCUGAAAAGUUGUUUGUCAUUUUCAUUCAUUUAUAAUUUGGUGCGUUUUCUUUCUACAGCCUGUACAUGUGUGAAAAUAAGAUUUUUUUAUAUUUUGCUUUUUCAGCUGCUGGAACAGGAUCCAGGUGCUUGAUUGUUACGUAAAAAAAAAAAAAGUAUCUUUUUUGGAAAGAAUCUUGUGUCCAUCCAACUAUCGGUGAUGCAUUUGCAUGUGUGACACUUUGAGCUCAGUUGAGCAGCAUUAGCCUGUGGAAAGGUGUAAAUAUGGAGAGAGGAAACCUUUUUCGCACUAUUUUUGCAAUGAAAGAUGGAUUUGAUCCAUUUAAGAUAUGUGCUCACCAAGUCUGAUCAGAAAGAAAUUUACUCUGUUAAGUGUCCUUGAGUUGCAUCCAAUUAUUAAGCCAUGCUCUAAGGUUUUAGAGGUGAAGUUUCCGUUUCAACCCUCCACUUUCUAAUCAUCAAAAUGACAAAGAUAUGGUUCACAUUCAUUUUUACUCUGCAAAACGGAGAGCAGGUUUAAAAAUCUCACUUUGUUGGGUAGAAAAUUAUUUCAGCCUAUAAACAGAGAACCUACAUGAGGGAAAUGUGGAUCUAACAAGAAUUUUCCAGGUGGUAGAGACUGUAGGUAUCCCACUUAGUCAGGGAUAGAGAAAAUACACCUUGUUGGCGUUAUCAGACUUUACAUACCAGGACACAAUAAAAAUGAUCUUGUCUUUACCAGUUCUAAGAUGAUUCAAAUGUGUACAACACAUGCAGUAGUCAACCAUCUGCUAAAUGGAGAAAGCAAUGUCACGCACACUUCUGCUAAUGCGCUAAUAGCAGAGCUAAUAUUUCCUCGAGCAUUUUAGCUAACUAUGAAAACAUUUAGUGCACUUAAAUUUUUCUGGAUAAAUUCUAAAGCUAAUUUAGUUCCCAACCUUCAGUUGAAUAAAGUUUGGAUGAUCGACUGUUACAAAUUCUUCAGGUUGAUAGAUGUUUAUAUUCAUGCUCUCAUUUUGAAGUAAGCAAAGACUGUUUACGUUGCAGACAGUUUGGUUUUCUCUCCCCACGUACUUUCCCCCCCCCCCCCCCCCCAAUAACUAUUUCAAACAAGAAACAUGCAAAAGCAAGGACAAAUAAAGUAAUAAAUAUUAAUCUAAGGGCAUUAUACAACAUGCAAAAUAUGAAAACAUUAAAUUUGUGCUCAGGAAUUGUUAGGUUAGCACAACUAAUAUUUUAUCUACUGUAGUUGUGCUAACUAAAAAGCACAUUUUCAGUCUGAAAGCAGGAUUACAUGUAUUUUGUUCUCAAAACUUUUAAUACUUUUGCUUAUGUUUUUCUUUUGAAAGCAGGACUUCAUCUCUUUCUUGAAACUUGUAAUGUUUACCCAAAUCUUUCUCCUCGCAUUCUUGCAGAACUCUCUGCUCGCUUAAACAUUCUCUGCUUGACUUUGGAACCACACAGUUUCCUUCUAGCGAGUGUGCCUGUGUGGCUACUAUUGAUUGUAGCAACCUGCGUCACCCACUGGAUGCAGGGAGCGAGCAGAGACUAAUUGUGAGCGUGAGGAGAAGUUUUGAGUACAAGUUUUGAAAAGGAAGACAAGAAGUCCUGCUUUCAAAAUAUAAAUGUAAGCAAAAAUAUUAAGUUUUGAGAACAGAAGACAUGAAAUCCUGCUUUGAGACUGAAAAUGUGUGCUCUUGGAUUAUGGCAGAAAAAUUAACCCAUAUGACAGCAGUGAAAGACUUGAUCAACUUGAUUUAAAAAAUAAACCUAGCAGAAACAAAUGUCUGCAAACACAGUUAAACAGAAGCAACUUUGUAAGGAAGAGUAGCUGAGAAUUUCCUUCACAACUCUCUGUGUGAUUACUGAAAUUAUUGGAUCUACGUAUAACUUCUUCAUUUUGGCAUAUUUGUUGUAAUAAUUGUGGAGGUUUUAGGGCGUUUUUAUACACUUGAGUUCAGAUUUCCAUUGUUUUGGAAUUGCGUGUAAAUUGUAUUUGUUUUUCUUGUUUCCUGAAAUCUAAAACUUAACACUGAAACAGGGAUUUUCCUCCAAACCUAACUUUACCUUAAGCCUUUUAGAACCAGAAAGUAUAUAAUUCACUCCUGUGUUGGUUAUUUUAUUCAGAAAUUUCUCAUAAUUGAAUGAUUUGAUCAACAAAAAUAUGUUCAUAUUCAAAAAAGCAGCAAAACUCACUCAGCUAAACAUGUAUAAAAGAAUAUGACAGUCUUUGUUUACGUUCCUCUCUUCCCCCCAGUUUGAGUCCAUUUGGACUUAUGGACCUAUUGAGACAGACUAUAACAGUUCUAUACUGAAGACAGCGUGAAUGACAGAAAUCUUUACCCAUUUUUCAUUUUUACAGAGGCUUUAUUUUACUUUAUGUGUUUGAUUCACGGCUCUUGUACUAUAUUUUAUUUCUGAUCCAUUCAUUGUGAGGUUUUGUCCUAAAUUUGUACAUUUCUUUUGUAAAAUUCUUACUCUGAUGAUUAUUUGUCAAGCAAAGUGCUGUUUAGAUCUGGUGAUGCCAUUUUCAUUGGUUGUUUAGUUGUUUGAAAUGUGGUUAACAGUAAAUAAAGGGACCAAAACACUUAA